AUGUCUGAUUAUUCAAUGGAAAGUGAUAAAGACAUUAUUUCUGAAACUUAUGAAAGCAGUAUAUAUAAAAAAGAAAUUGAAAUUAAUGAUAAAAUAAAUAUUGUUAAUGAAGAAAUUAAUAAUGAAGAAAAUGAAGAAAUAAUUAAUCCACUUUUAUUCCACUUUCAAGAAAAAUUAAUAAAAACUGAU